CACCUACACUGGUGGUUUCGUUGAUACUGGACGUUGAAUCACGUAGAAAAGUAUGGACUCUAACGAUCUUUCAGCCGCAAAUCUCUUCAAUGUCAAUGGCAUGGUAGCAGUCGUGACUGGAGGAGGAACAGGAAUCGGCCUCAUGAUCGCUAAAGCCCUCACUGCCAACGGCGCCUCCAAAGUCUACAUAAUCGGCCGCCGCCUCGAGGUCCUCGAAGCCGCCGCCAAAUCUACGAACCCCGACGUCAUCAUCCCCCUCCAAGGCGACAUUACGUCUCUUGAUGCCCUCCUCGCCAUGGCCGCCCGUGUAGAAAAAGAAUCCGGCUUCGUCAACCUCGUGGUCGCAAACGCGGGCAUCAUGGGCCCCCGCCCGCUCAAGCCCGCCGAAGGCCAACCACCGCCUUCACUGGCAGAGUACCGCGCGCACGCCCUCAGAACCCCCAUGGAAGAGUUCACCAACACGUAUGCUGUUAACACCGCAGGCGUGUACUACACCGUCCUCGCCUUCCUAGGCCUUCUUGAUGCCGCGAACGCAAAGCAAAAUCUCGGCGCUGACUACCGCAGCCAAGUCAUUGUCGUAGGCAGCAUCGGGGGCUUCUCCAGACUAAAGGGCGCCAGCUUUGCGUACAACACGUCCAAAGCGGCGGUCACGCACCUGAUGAAGAUGAUGGCCACCAGUUUGGUGCCGUAUAAGAUUCGUUGUAAUGUCCUGGCGCCGGGCGUGUUUCCGAGCGACCUUUCCGGCUCUUUUAUCAAUACUUUGGGAGGGCCGAGUGGGCCGGGGUCGUUUGAUCCGAGUUUUAUUCCGCAUGGGCGCGCGGGACAGGUGGGGGAUAUUGCGGGAGCAGUGCUGUUUCUGGCUUCGAGGGCUGGGGCGUACACGAACGGGAGCGUUGUCGUGGUUGAUGGGGGGAGGUUAGGGACGUUAGUUUCGACGUAUUAGGGAUCUGGGAGACUGCGGUCUAAAUGUGUUGGAGUUAAGAUAUAGAAGGCGAUUUUGGAGCUUCGAGCUCGGGGUGAGCAGGUCGCUGGAAAGUUGCGGGUUGCGACAGAUUGCUUUUCUUCAUUUGACUUUUCCAGUUUGUUCAUGGCACUUUCCAACAUACGUUAGUCACUUGAUGUUUUCCCUGGUGCUCAUACUUUGUCACCUUAACUCUCGC